AUCUUUUGACUUCUCUUUUUCUGACUUCAGCGACAGUCCUGCUGCGGGUGCCCUUAGCCCAGUUUCAUUCAUCCAAGUUGUGGCCUUGCUUGCGCCUUCCGAAGACACUUUUCUCCCCCCACUCCCCCGUUUUUGAUUGAUCUUGAGGGGGGGCUUUCAGGUUUGGAGGGAUAAGCGAACCAGCAGCCCGUUCACUUGAGGUGAUGGCGUGGCCGAGGACAGGGGCCGGCGGCCGAGGCAGCUCUUCGUCCUCUGUUCUGGGUCGGGCACUCCAGUCGUCGCUGAAACCCCCAUUCUUCCGAGAAUUUGGGUUGGUACAGUAGGCUUCACUAGACUUAGCUGCAACUCAGAAUUUCUCCUCCAGCACCUGAGUAAAUGCUGAUGGUCUUGUGGAGUGUGGAUUAAGAGUACGAGCUAAGUUCUCAAAUCCCAAUUAAGAAGCGGAGGAAAAUUUAAACUGUCUCCUUCAAAGUUUAUCACAACCACCACCAUCAAGACAGCAAACCAAAGGACAAAGACUUUGACCUGCUGUGUUGCUCUGUAUAGUCCAGUUCACGUAUGGUUUACAGACUUGGCUGAGGUUACUAAUAAGUAAAUAAAAAGUUGGACACUUCUGUCAUUUGGACGCUUUUAUUCACGAGUUACCAGAAUGAGGGCUGUUCUGGAGACAGCAGACAUUGCCAUAGUGGCCCUGUAUUUUAUCCUGGUGAUGUGCAUUGGUUUUUUUGCCAUGUGGAAAUCUAAUAGAAGCACCGUGAGUGGAUACUUCCUGGCGGGGCGCUCUAUGACCUGGGUAGCAAUUGGUGCCUCUCUGUUUGUGAGCAAUAUUGGGAGUGAGCACUUCAUUGGGCUGGCAGGAUCUGGAGCUGCAAGUGGAUUUGCAGUGGGCGCAUGGGAAUUCAAUGCCUUACUGCUUUUGCAACUUUUGGGAUGGGUUUUUAUCCCAAUUUACAUCCGGUCGGGGGUAUACACCAUGCCUGAAUACUUGUCCAAGCGAUUUGGUGGCCAUAGGAUUCAGGUCUAUUUUGCAGCCCUGUCUCUGAUUCUCUAUAUCUUCACCAAGCUCUCAGUGGAUCUGUAUUCGGGUGCCCUCUUUAUCCAGGAGUCUUUGGGUUGGAACCUCUAUGUGUCUGUCAUCCUGCUCAUUGGUAUGACUGCUUUGCUGACUGUCACCGGAGGCCUUGUUGCAGUUAUCUACACAGACACUCUGCAGGCUCUGCUCAUGAUUGUUGGGGCACUCACACUUAUGAUUAUUAGCAUGAUGGAGAUUGGUGGGUUUGAGGAAGUUAAGAGAAGGUACAUGUUGGCCUCACCUAAUAUCCCUUCCAUCUUGUUGACAUACAACCUAUCAAACACAAAUUCUUGUAACGUCAACCCUAAGAAAGAAGCCCUAAAAAUGUUGCGGGAUCCAACAGAUGAAGAUGUUCCAUGGCCCGGAUUCAUCCUUGGGCAGACCCCAGCCUCAGUGUGGUACUGGUGUGCUGACCAAGUCAUCGUACAAAGGGUCCUGGCAGCCAAAAACAUUGCUCACGCCAAAGGCUCUACUCUUAUGGCUGGCUUCUUGAAGCUUCUGCCAAUGUUUAUCAUAGUUGUCCCAGGAAUGAUUUCCAGGAUACUGUUUACUGAUGAUAUAGCUUGCAUCAACCCAGAGCACUGCAUGCAAGUGUGUGGAAGCCGAGCUGGGUGCUCCAAUAUUGCUUACCCACGCCUGGUGAUGAAGCUUGUUCCUGUGGGCCUUCGGGGGUUGAUGAUGGCUGUGAUGAUUGCAGCUCUAAUGAGUGACUUGGACUCUAUAUUUAACAGUGCCAGUACUAUAUUCACUCUUGAUGUGUACAAACUCAUCCGCAAGAGUGCAAGCUCCCGGGAACUAAUGAUUGUGGGGAGGAUAUUUGUGGCUUUUAUGGUGGUGAUCAGCAUAGCAUGGGUACCAAUCAUUGUGGAGAUGCAAGGUGGCCAGAUGUACCUUUACAUUCAGGAGGUAGCAGAUUACCUGACCCCCCCAGUGGCGGCCCUAUUCCUUUUGGCAAUUUUCUGGAAGCGCUGCAAUGAACAAGGGGCUUUCUAUGGUGGAAUGGCUGGCUUUGUUCUUGGAGCAGUCCGUUUGAUACUGGCCUUUGCCUACCGUGCCCCGGAGUGUGACCAACCUGAUAAUAGACCAGGCUUCAUCAAAGACAUCCAUUAUAUGUAUGUGGCCACGGCAUUGUUUUGGGUCACAGGACUCAUUACUGUAAUUGUCAGCCUUCUCACUCCACCUCCCACAAAGGAACAGAUUCGCACCACCACCUUUUGGUCUAAGAAGAACCUGGUGACAAAGGAAAGCUGCUCUCAGAAAGAUGAGCCAUACAAAAUGCAGGAGAAGAGCAUUCUGCGAUGCAGUGAGAACAGUGAGGCCAUCAUCCAUGUCAUUCCCAAUGGGAAAUCUGAAGAUAGUAUUAAGGGCCUUCAGCCUGAAGAUGUCAAUCUUUUGGUGACCUGCAGAGAGGAGGGUAACCCUGUGGCUUCCUUGGGUCAUUCAGAGGCAGAAACACCAGUAGAUACUUAUUCCAAUGGGCAAGCGGCUCUCAUGGGUGAGAAAGAGAGAAAGAAAGAAACAGAGGAUAGAAGCCGGUACUGGAAGUUCAUAGACUGGUUUUGUGGCUUUAAAAGUAAGAGCAUCAGCAAGAGGAGUCUCAGAGACUUGAUGGAGGAGGAGGCUGUCUGUUUACAAAUGUUAGAAGAGACUCCACAAGUUAAAGUCAUACUAAAUAUUGGACUUUUUGCUGUGUGUUCUCUUGGAAUUUUCAUGUUUGUUUAUUUCUCCAUAUGAACUUAAGGAUAUGAUGAGACAUUUAACUUAAUACUGGUCUUUGGAAAAAAAUUAUGUAACUGUUGCAUCUCUCAGGCAUUGUUUACGCUGUAGGUUUUAGCCAAAUUUUACUUAGCAGAAAAUCAUCUAUUUGCAAGACUUUAUUUUCCCAGACAUGGAUUAAAGUAAAUCUUCAACUUUUAAAUGAAGCAAAACAGACUGAAAAGUUAAAAAAAAAAAAAUGUGGUUUAAAAAUUUCCAUACCAAAGUAAAGAGAGACCAAUUAUUCUCAGAUAUCUUAGAGCAUAAUAAAUGUUAAGGUAUCAUGAAUAAGAUAUUGUCUGCACUGCCAGGUCUUGGUAGACCUUAAUGCUGAAGUAGAAGAUUUGCUCAUUUCUAAGUUUUUUCUGUCUCUGUAAUUCGCACUACCAUUUAAAAAUACAAUAACUGAAUUUUACAUGUUGUAUAAUCAAUUAUGUUCUGAAACUCUAAUGUGUGGUAUGUAUUUCAAGACAGGUUAGUUUGCCAGGUUAAUUUUUGUGUGUGACUGUGGAUUGAUUGCCAAAAGAGAGGAAGAAUGUUAUUCUGUAGGUAUUUUUGUACCACCUGUAUGUGGAAUGUUGGGGGUGUGGGUUGAUCCGGUUCUUCCCCCACCUGUUUUUUCCUACUUUUCACUGAAGUUUAAUGAACCACAUAAUGAACACCGUCUGUUUAUAAAGUUACAUAUUCAAAUUGUAUUACUGAAUGAUUAUGGGGGGAAGUAAAAUAAAUGUUACUGAUGAUCCCCACCUUUUUUGACCAAAUUAAGGUGGUUUUUAUAUAGUUUGAGAAUUACCAGCUUCCAAGCAGUGUUUGAUUAACUUUGUCAAGCAGAUGAUUAAUCAUACUUCAAUGAAUUUGACUUUUUUUUCCUUGUCAUUUGAUAACAUUCUUUAUUAGUUAAAAACCCAGUAGAUUGAGUUGGAAGGUUUGUACAGAAUCUUGAACAAACGUUUUCACUGCUUUUUGUGUUGCUGCGUUAUCAUGAUAUAGCAAGGGAAAAUUUAAUUCUGAGAUCAUACUGCAUUCUUGAUAAUUUUUUUUUAUUUUGUAUUUUUUUCCUCAAGAUUUACCAUCUGUACACAGCCUGUACAUCUUGUUGUGAGCAUGUAAGGAUGUUUCAGUGCAAACUGGCCAUUAGUACCAGAAAACUCAGAGUGCACACUUGCCAUUGGUAGAUUAUUUGUAGGAUGGAUAGCAUGUUUAAGAGAUGCCAUAAACAAGAACUUCUUGGUUUAGUACUGUACUUGUGGAGGAAAUUAUAGGACUUGUGUAAUUAUAGGAUCCUUAUCUUGACAUGGUUUACCCAGUUGCAUCAUCCACAGGUGGGAAUCUAUUUUUCCUUAGUGAGGAAGAGGACUGAUGAUGUUAGAGAAGAGCUUUGCAGGGGAUAUAGCUCUGUGUCCUCAGCACUGUCCUUUUUCCUCCCUGAAAAAUAAGAAAACUAAUUGUAUCUACUUUCUUUGACUAUCUUUAAACUAAUGCUUUUUAAAUUGCAUGAUUUUUAUUAAGCUUGUAUUCUUUAGGAAAAUUACUUUUAUAGACACUUUCAUAGAUUUUUGAAUCAAAACUCAGUCCUGAUGACUUUGAAAUUUUUUAGCGUAUAAACUAAUUUGUUUUUGAUGGACUUGAUUAGUCCAAAGUUGAUUUCAGAAAUUAUCAGGUAUAAUGUCUUCCCAUCAUCAGGAAGCUUUUUGAUGGACUGAGUCUGUAGGUGAAAAAGUAAUUCAUGUAUGAAUAGCAUGUAUUUCUAAAGCGCUUAAGAGUGCCUUGUAGAAUUUUUUUUUUUUUUCUCAAUUUCAUUCUUAAGGUUUAUCUGGGGAUCAAAUAGAUAGGGACCAUCCUUUCCUUGUAUGGAGGUUGAGGCUGUGACAUGUUCAAGGUUAGAAAACCUAUUUCAGAAGAACAGAAAUCCGGUCUCCAAAUCUGGACUCUACAUUUGUCAAGACAAAUGAUUUGUCCAUGGUUUGUGCUUUUCCUAAAGUAAGUGUUCUUCCUUUGGGACAACCUUUUGGUAUUUGGAAAAGUAAUAGGAUCUUGGGUUUUCCAAAUUGGCAUUAAGCUGUACGAAUUAACAUUUUCUUUGAACAUACUGCUGUGUAACUCAGCAGUGAGAAUUGACACAUUGGCUGGGUAGCCUUCCUAUUGCUUCUCUUCUAUUUAUUUAUCAGUAAGUGAAUAGGAGAUAUUUAUGUAGAUCCCCACCCUUGAUUUCAUGUUAGGUCCUAGUGCUUUGGAGUAUUCGAGGCCGUCCCACCCCCAAUCUCUGCUGUUGUCUUAGUAUGAUACAUAGAAUACAUCAUCUUGUGUCUGUUGGUGUAUGUAUAGCAGUAGGUCAAGUUUAGAUUACUAAUGUUUGUAAAUAAAGAAUGACUAUUAGUGUAUCCAUUAGAAUUCUUUAUUCUUGCCAGUAUAAACAUCACUUUAUUUAGACGGAAUUCCCUGAAGCUUUGUCCUCUUCAUUGUUUCCCAGUAAUAAAUAAUGUGUUUGAAUAGGUAGGUGAAUUUCUGAUGGCAGCUUUAUUUCAGGGGUCUAAUCUUCAGUCUUCAUUAGAAUGAUUAUUCCUAGGAAAUGACAUAUGGACUGUCUUAAGCUAGCAAAAUGUUCCUGCUUUGUACUGAGUAAAUGAGUCAUAAAAGAUGACAUUGGUCUCUAGACCUUAAUGUGUAUAUUUUUAUAUUUGUUCAAGUUAAGUUUUAGAAUUGACCAAGUGAUAUUAUACUGACUAAAAUAGUAGCUAACCAUCAGAAUGAGGUGAGAAUACUGGUCUUCAAAGGUAGAGAAAAAUGCCACCAAAUCAGCUGCAAAAUGUGUUUCCCCGCUCUUAAAUUUUUGUCUUCUCAGGCAGUCUUUGUAUCCAGAUUGGAUACAAAGGACUUACUACAGAGAUAUGCAAAAGGAUAGUUUGCUUUUUUUGUGGAGCCUCUAGUUUCUCUGUCUUUUAGAUUCUGUCUUGCCACCCCAAGAGAGAGGUGAUCACUUUUGCCUUUAGAAAGCAGUAGCAGUGGUUCUGUGUCCUUUGACCCAAAUUUAAGAGAUCUGCUCUCUGGGGCUUCCUUUCCUCUUGGCUCAAAGGAUCCAUUGUCUUUUUACCCAGAGAGGCUGGCCAGGAUCAUGUAGCCAGUAGCUCUUAGGAAUGGCACCUCAAGCAAUUAGAAAGGACCCAUCACUCUGAGAAACUUUUUAUUUUAAGAGUUGGGUGGGACGGUUACUCAGUGUAACCUGAAGCUAAGCAGAGGGUUAAAAGUCUUGUCUGGAGAAUUAGAGUCUUUAUGUUUCUCCAUUGGCAGUCCACAGCUUUUUUCUCUAUAUUAGGUGCAUGGAUCUUCUCCUCUCUUUCAAUGUCAUUUAAUAUAGAAGGUAUUCUCACUCUUUUCUACCAAAUAAACCAGCUGUAUUUUUAGCCAUUAAAGGGUUAGGUCCUUUAACAUUCCCACCUGGCAGUAUUAGGCUUACUCAUUACCUUAUGUUUUCCCUAACUCAUUUUCAUCAGAAGUUUGAUGACUGGAAAGGGACCAUAUGGAUGUCUGGUAAUGACACCUCACCAUUCCCUAGGUUUUGGGUUGACAGAUAUGUCUAAGGCCAUUCCUCUUAGAUUAUGUAACUGUGGAGCCUUGCCAAGACAGAAUUUUCCUAAGAAAUCAGGAAAACUAUUAAGUAGGAUAUCAAUAAGUACUUGGGUGAUACAGAUGUGGAUAGUUGGUAAACUACAAAUAUUAGCUUAAUUUAUAGCCUUAGAGUCAUAUUCAUUGCAUUCUAGAUCUUGAAGCAUCUUGGCUAUCAGCUAAUUAAGCCACUCCCCUUAUAAAUUGGGGUAUCCGUGUAUAAAGAUCCAGCCUAAUGUUGAAUAUAAUACAAAUUUAUUAACAUUAGAGGUUAGAAUGGGAUUUGAUAGUGUUCACUUGUAGGCUUUAGCAUUCAAGAUUUUUUCAUUAGCCAGGUGCUUAGGUGCUUAAGUCACUUCAUAGGUUGAUAUUAGCCCAACGGGAUUUUACAGUGGCAUAUAUCAAUGUGUUUGUUUUUAUCUCCUUACCAUUCUGAGAGAUUGGUCUUUUUCUCUUUAUUCACAUUGCUUCUUUAAUAUUUCAGCUUUCUUUCAACAAAUUAAUAUUUUGCUCUUUGGUCAGCUUAUUUCACUUUCAGGCAUACUGUCUUGGUGUUUAAUUACUGUCCUUUUCCCCCAGUAUUGAGGACUUAGAUCCAAAUAAUACUUUGUAUAUUAUAAAUCUUAAUUAACUUAAAAUGUUAAUUCUUGACAAAUUGUCUCAGAUUUGUGUUGACUAAAUGAUAAAAGCACUAAUGGUUCAUGACUAUUUUAUUCUCAAAACUCCAUCUCAAAAAUUAGAGAGCAAUAGUGAAAAUUCAUGAGUACCUUUGAAAUGACAGUGGGGUCAGAAUGCAGAAACAAUGGAGUUUACUUUAAUGCCAAAAAAACCCCAAAUUAUUCUUGCAGUAAAUAAAGGUAAAAUUUUGGAACUAGUCAGCAUAUCAAGAAACCUUUUGCACUGACAGGUAUGAGACUGGAUCGUAUAAGAAGUAAUCUUUUGAAUAUUAGAAUUGGUUGACUUAAUUCAGUGUUGCAGACCCUUUUCCUCAUUAAGAUCACUUCUUUUAAAUUUUUUUUUUAAUUAUCAGAUUCUUAUGGAAUACUACUUGGACUUUUAGAAGAGAAUUAGGCUAAGCUUCUAAGUAAUAAACUUUGUCAGCACUGAGUUCCACAUCAUUCACUUAGCUGUGUAAAUUUAUUUUACUUUUUAAUUCUGGGAAUAAGAUUUUACACUGCUGAUUCACCUUUAAAAAAUGUGAAAUUGAUAUCAUUUGUGUUUCUUUCUCAACUCCUUUGGUUGGUGGUUUUGGGGUAGGUACCUACCUCAUGUAUCUGGUAACCAACAACCAUAACUUUGACAACCUUUUACUUAAAAAUGAACAGAAAGGGUUUGGUGUGUUUGUAUCAUUAUUAAUCUCAUGUGCUAUACUCUGUAAGUGGAGUAUCAUACAUGAUCUGUGGCAGUUGUUGAAUUAAAACCAGUAACCUUAAUUGAAUUUACUUACUUGGGCUGGCAGCAUGUUUGAAGACAGGUGUGCUGGAAAAAGUGACUAGCUUGAAGAACAAAUCAGGAUAAUAUGUAUUGGUCCCAGAUUUCUAGUACAGGAAAGUGGUUUUGCUCUCCUCCAAAAAGGAGAAAAGCACUAUGCCAUAACUACAGCCUGUAAUAAAUGAAGCCCUCCCAAGCACUUCAAGACAGUUUAUGUUUAGUGAACUCUGCUGAUAAGGGAAGUCACAUACAUCAUAGUGAUUUUUUUUUUUUUUUUUUGCAACAGCACAAGUUGAUAGUAGAUAUCCACAACCUAAUUAUAUUUUGGUGAAUUUACACUAUUCCUUAGUGCUUCUGGAUAAAGAAGUAUUUAGUUAUCAGUGUGGCCUGUACUUCUAUAAGUUCAUUAGUGAUUUACUUUUUUGGUAUGAUAAUUAGAAAUUGAAAUUAGGCUUAUUGCUAUUAAUGAAAUCCCCACUUGUCAAAGGCCAUUACAUGGUAUUUCAUAGUAUAACUCUUGAAAUUGAUGUGUUUGGAUUAGUGCCUUCUGGUUACCAGUAUUGACUCUGUUAGUUUUCACCUUUCCUUUUCUUAUAGAAAAUUCUUCUUUGGUACUACUCCUUCAGUUUUAGUGUAACUAGUAAAGAGCAUUAAAAAACAAAACAAAAAAACCUCUCAUUUACAUUUCAUGCAAGUUUUAGGUUCAGGGAAACAAGUUAGCUGGACAUUUGUGUUGCUGCUUAAUGUUAUUUGUCUUUAUUUGCUUUUAUAUCCAUAAUUGAAAAUUUAAAGUUAUAUAAUUCUUUCGGUUUUAUCAUUAAUCCAUUAUAGGUUCCAUAAGUAAAUCUGAGAACAUGUGACAACAGUUCAUAUUCUAUGAUAGAGAAAAAACUAAAAGUCCAUAGAAAGCACAAAAUCAUGUUAAAGUAUAACGCGUGUCUCCACACGUAGAAAGCACAAGAGUGAUAGUGUUCUCUUUAACCCACAAGUGCCAGUCCUGGAACCCAUCAAGUAUUUGUUGUGAUGAGGACCACAUAUUGAUAGCCCGGGACAAUGAGGCAUCUGUUAUAGGUGGGUCCUGAGAAGAAAUUCAAAAUAAUAAUCUGGAUAAGUUUGUACUGCUUUGGAAGAGGGAGAGAAUAUCAGGAGUACUGGGAUUAUAUUUGGGUGUUUCUAGCAAAAUUGGGAUCUUUGGGUUCAAUCCCAAGUUCUGAAACUAAAGAAAUAGGGACAGAUUUUUAGAGUUUUGGUGUGUAGAACAGGUGACAGCCUUCUGGUUUGAGCUGUAGAGCCAUUGGAAUUUUUAAAAUCUUGAGGAAAUAUUACCUCUCAUGAACAAAAAUGCUCUAAACCCUGGAGAAGUUAACAUUUUAAUAGGGCAAAUACUACUUUAGUUUUUAUGUAGAUUUGUGAGAGAUGAAGUGACCUUUUACUUUCUUCACAUGCUUGACUUUGCUUCAUUUUAACUGAGGAGAAUUUGAUCCAAGAGUUCGAAGCAUCAAACUAAGUCUAAGACAGAUUUGCCAAAUGAACUACUUUGCUUUUCAUAAUGGUACCCAUAGUCUGAAUGAGUCUUUCACCUGUCCCAUUGUUUUCCUCAAGACCAGAUUAGAGGAAAUCUGUGAAUGUACGCAUGAAAGAUGAAAUGAUGUUCCACUUCACAGUUGGCUUUAUCUUGCUCCAACUUAAUGCAUUUCCCAAUCCCUGUUUGCCAAGAACGAAUAAAUAGCUUUAUCUUGAAUUUUGCCCAUGUCAAGAUACAACUCUCAGAAUAGGAGUGACUGAUUACCUUGUUCCGUCUCUCUCCUCUGUUUUGUGUAUUUAUCUUCUUAGAAAAAAGCUUGUUUAGAAUGUAGCUGAUAUAGACUAUUGUGACAUGUUUUUGGAAGAGUUAACCUGAACACUGGAGGGAGAGAUUCCUACCUCCAGCUAAAAGCCAGGCAGGUGUAUACCUACAUUUCUUUAGAAUGUAAAACCUUAGGCUUGAGCUCUGCAGGAAGAGGAGUGCCAGAAGAACAGGAAACUGGAAAGGCUCGAGGACCGUGCUUGGCUUAGCAGUAUGUAAUAAUGCAAAACAGUUGUAACCUGUUAGUUCUAUAGAUUGUGUAUCCUAUACCUUUAAAUUUAAACUAGUUUAUAAAAACUUUAUGAAAGGAUGCUUUUGAAAAAACUUUUGGCAGAAAUAUCUUUCAUUUAUAAUUCCAUGGAAGACUGCUUUAAUUAGCCUAGGUGAAAAGUAGUCCUAGUGGUGUAAAUAUGUAUAAUUAGAAUUGCCUAAUUUCACUGUGAGAUCUGACUUUUAAGUGGCAAACGGAUCAACAAAUCUUGCUCAUGGAGUUUUCUGUGGGGUUGUUAAAAUGCAAAAGCUUUAUUUUUUUUAAUAAUGACAUAUUACUUUAGUGUCAGAUAAUGGUAUGGAAUCUGUUCCCCUGCUUUCCCCUGCCAUUAUUGCUUCAGUUUAUAGAUUGCCAGCAGAGCUCAUAAAUAGAGCAGGGGUUUGCCCAUUCUGAUUGGACAUCCCAUGUUCUGUCCAGACUGUGUUGGCAAUUAUGAUAUGAACUAUGUUAGGCUUCUCAGUGCUUUUUUUUUUCUUUUUUGAUAAGAUGGAUAUCAAAAAUAGUUGCUGUGCAAAAGUUAGUAGUCUUCUUCAAGAAGAAAACCAAUUCCUUUUCUAAUAAUAUCCUGUGAAAUUGCUUCAUUCAUUCCUUUGUUUUUAAGCCAAAUGUCAGCAGAAUACUGCUGCUUUUAUCUAGUAAUUUUGAUAUGUAAGUAUUAAUGCAUUUUUAAAAGAUAUCUGCAUUGAAAAAUGCUUCUCCCAGUGUCCUGCCUAUUAUGCUUUGUUCACAUUUUCUGUAAGAGACCUGGGGAGUGUGUAUUGUGUACAUGUAUCAUUUUAGUCAGGUAUUGUAGGUCAAAUGUAAUUAUAAGUGAAGUUGAUGAACAUUCAUUUUGAGUGAGUCUUUGAUUGUAAACUUAAUUUCCAAUUUGCCCUUCAUUGUUCACAGCUUUUUUGUCUUAAAGUUUGGCUAACUGGGUCUGUUCCAUUGUGCAAUGUUUUAAGAAAAUAGAAUUUAGUAUAAAUCAGGUUACUUCCAUAUUGAAAGGAAAACAAUUGAAACUGUAGAUUUAAAAUUGUUAACCAUUCCUGACAAUUCUAACCUGACUAUUCCACUGUAUACAAUCUGAUUUUUUAAAAUUGUAGACAUAUGAUCUUGGUUUAAAGUGUUUUAAAAAGUGUUAUUGUUGUUUAAAAAUGAAAAAAAAAAAUGAAGCAUAUCUGCUAAAAGAGCUGUCAGUUUUCAUUACUGACUCUGUAAAAUACACUGUUCUUUGUGUACUGUGUGUUAUUUUGCCAGCUGCUGCAUUAGCCUUCAGAAGUAUUUGGAAGAUGAACUACAUUUCUUGCAAAAGUACAUUCCUUUCUGUGGUAUUUUGUCCUGUAACUGAAGUGUAGUAAUUAUUUUAUGGAAUUGUUAGCACUUCUGUACCAACUUUGAAUAAAACGAAAAAUUUACAUUGUU